AUGGCUCCGAGCGUGCUCUUGGGCUUGCCUGGCCCAUGGGCCAAGGACGAUCGUGAGCCGUCCGAUCACUACACGACCAAGAUCGGGGGCUUACCUGACUGGCCCCCGUGGGCAGAUCACCCGCCACCGCAUCUGCUGCACUGCGCUCUCUGCCAAGGGCCGCUCUCCCUCGUGCUGCAGGCAUAUGCCCCGCUCUCCCUUCCCGCAGCAGCAGACGGUGCAGCAGCAGGGGUGACACGUGGCAGCUUGCAAGUGGAAGAGCGGGUGCUGUACAUGUUCGCCUGCGCCAAUGGGGGAAAGGAGGGAGAAAACGGGGAAAAGGGGAGAACGGGGGGGGAGGCUCCUUCCGCCGUUCCCCCCUUUGGGGACCUUUCGUCUGUGUUUGGAGAUGUGGUGGUGGGGGGAAGCGCGGGCGCAGGGGGAGAGGGGGAGGUGGGGGAGGUGGCGGAGGAACUGGGGGAGAUGGAGCUGGGGGAGGAAGGCGGAGAGCGAGGGGGACAAGGGGAGGGGCAGGAGGAAAGGGGGGAGACAGGGAAGAAAGAGGUGCGAGGUGGGGGGACGGGGCAGGGAGACGCGGGGGAGAUGUGUGGAGUGGGAAGUGGGGAGGAGGGGGAAGGCGAGGGCCGUGUGCUGCUCAGGCUCAAGGGUGAGGCACUGUGGGCGGGACAGGUGGGUGAGCAGGGCGGAGCGAUGAGGGCAGGGGGAGCAGGGGGAGCCGUUUGUUUACAAGCAGGGGCCUGCGCUGAGCCUUCCCUGGCCAGCCCUCUCUCUUCCUCCAUCCUUUGCACUCACACCCCGGACCUCUUUCUGCCCCCAUCGCCCCAUCCUGUGCCCUCUCUUCCCUGCUCCCUGUGCUCUGCUUACAUGCUUCAUCUCCUCCCCCCCCUCCCCACUAUCGCCCUGGUUGCUGCAGGUGUCGCUCCCACAGCAGGGUCGGAGUGGGGUGGAGAAGCAGCAGGAGGGGGAGGGUGGGGCACAGGCACAUGUGACAGUAACGAGUUCGGUUCCACUGUGGUAACCCCCCCACUUGCAUCUCUUGACGCUCUCUCUGCGUCUCUCAGUGCUGCUGCUGCCAAGGCCGCUGCUGGCACUGCUGGGGAGGCGAAUGCAGCAGGAAGGAAGGAGAAAAGGGCAGCUGCAGGCGGGGAAGCAUCGGCAGGAGCAUCACCAGCAGCACAGGCGGCACAAGGAAAUGCAAGCAACACAAGAAAAGCAGACAUGCGUGCUCUGCGGGUGCUCCCGUGCUUCUAUGUGUUUUCGGAGGAAGACGAGGCGACAGGCAGAGGAAAGAGCAGGGCAGCAGCAUCAGCGACAGCGGUGCCUGGGUUGAGAGAUGGGGGAGAUGGGGUGGCAGCGAUGCAGGUGGAGGGGGGUGCGUUGGAGGGUGAGAAGUGGGAGGGCGAGGGGUAUGAGUAUGACCAGGCGCGCACCGUGGGGCGCCCGUACCUGCGCUUUAAGAAGCGCCUCGACAAGCAGCCCCAGCAGUGUGUCAGGCAUGGUGCUGGUGCGAGUGCCAGGUACCGACUCAACGGCCAGCCGAUCUGGCCCUGCGCCCCGCCACCCCUCCUCCCAGACGCAUCCCAUGCCUGCCCUCUCUGCCACGCCCCCCGUGUGUUUGAGUUACAGCUCAUGCCGCCGCUGCUCUUCUUCCUGCUGGAGGCUCUGCGGGAGCGGCAGGAAGGGGAGGGUGAGGGCAGUGGGCAGGGUGACGGGGGAAGGAGGGAGGUGGGGAAGCACGGCAGGGCGAGCUGGCGGUGCAGGCCCGAGAGCGCCACCCCCACAGCGCCCCCCCUGCAGCCCGCCAAAUCCCACCACCACCCCCCACCCAUCACGUCCCCCACACGCAGAAACGCAGCGGUAGGCGCGGGUGGGGAGACGGGGGGGGUGCGAAAUGGGCGGCGACGGGGGAAAAAGGGGGCCGCGAUCGGCGCCGCGACAAGCGCUGUAGUGGGCGCGACGGGGGGAGAGGGGGAGGGGGAAACGAAACGUGGCCGAGCGCUGCAUUCUGCAGCAGGCGCGCGUGCGCUGACGUGCGUGCGCCUCUGGCGUGUGCGCGCGCUGCUUCUGGCGGGCGCACGUGCUGCUGCUGGCUGGGAGAGCGUGACGAGGCAGCAGUGA